UUUCUAGACUACGUGGAUGACUUCUGGAUAUAACUACGUCGAUUCACAUCUUCGUUCUCAUCAAGCCCUACCCUGAAUAUUAUGAAAAAAUCUACAAAUAGUAUAUCGACAUUCACUACGUACUGCUUGUACAAAGGAAUGAUAUCAUUUUUUUUAUUAACUAUUCUUCGUAUUGGCUGAACCAAAAUCAAAGUAUAUAGAAAACAGGCUAAAUCUAAUUCAGAACCUAGCCUUAUAUAUUUCUAAAUAUGUUAACCCAGUUGGAACUCCUCAGUGCGACAGGAGGUCUGUCAGUAGAAGAUGAAAAUAUGUCAGUCUCGCCUUUGGAUGAUCUUGCAGAGUAUGCUAUGAAACAUACGGAUUUUGAAUACUUCGAAACGGGGCUAUCAAAUGACUCGUACUAUGGCAUAUCUCAGAAACAUGAGUCCUUCCCAGCCUCUACCGCCCCAACUACUGUCCUCACGGCGACCGUAUAUGAUCCCGCUAGCUAUGACAAUGCGAUUGUACUAUAUGACCAUUAUAUGGAGCCUCUUGAAGCAGAAAAGAAAACAUUUGUUGAUGAUAUGAAAUCACAUGACUUUGAAAAGACCCUGUGUGACGAAGACGGUCAACCUAUUUUAAAUGAACUUGGGUUUGAAGACGAUGCAUCAAGCAAUGAUUGCUUCUCAGGGAGUGCUUACAGCAUUAGCACUGAAGAUUCUCAAGCCAUUUCCUUUGAUUUUGGAAGUACACCAGACUCUCUCAACCAAGAUGUUAAUAUAACAGAGGCAAAGCAACUGUCCACAGAGAAAAGUUGGGAUGAAGGGAACACAAAAGGCAAGAUUGGCCCUCUGCAGAGACGAGCGCUAGAUGACAUCUUCAGCGUAACAGACAAGCCAUCCAGAGGUCUCGUACUUCAUAUUGCUUCAGAAUUAGGACUACAUCAUCUCACAGUAAAAAAUUUUUUUUCCAAUGCUAGAAGACGCUUGCGGCGUGCAGCAGCCAGACUGAGCGACCCAGAACGCACCAAACGUGAAAAUGAACGCAGAAAAGAAAAACGUCGUUUAGCUGCACUUGCUUCGGCUACCAUGGCUAGUGUAGAAGGCAGGGGAUCAGUCUCCCUUACCAAUACAUCUAAGGCGCCGACGCCCCGGACACCUCCAGCUGAUUCACCGCCCCCGAAAGAAACUGUAGUGUCACCUGAACGUCGAGCUUUGAUGGAGAAACUGGCAGAUAAGGUCCAGAGGAGUGUAGCCCAGAGAACUUUGGCCGCCGACUUGGAACUUCUUCGUGGUGCUUCUUGUCACGGCCACACAAAGCAGUCGCAGAAAAUAUUUUCAGUUCAUCCUCCACAGGAGAUUUUGAUUCCGCCUUCGAGUGACAUACUUUCCCACGCCUCACCAGACAUUUUGGCAGAGUCAGCACGUGAACUACUUGGGCCAUCCGAUGACUUUUUGCCACAACCUUCCCACGCUCUUGACACUGACCCCUCUUCAGCCUCAGCUCUCUUACAUUGCCAGAAUGAACACUGGAGUUUGUUCUGAAUAUUUAAGCACUCCAUCUAUAUGCUUGCAAGUGUUUGUGUGUGUUAGUGUGCGUGGCGAUAGAGUAGCUGGAAGAUACCUGGAUUUCAUAAAAUAUCUCUGAAUCGUCUUCAGGUGGUUUGUCUGUAAGUUAGCUUCACCCGCUACCCCACCCCUGCAUGAUAGUGGUUGGUGAAGCAGGCGAAUUUUCAUAACUGCGAUUACCUGCUCAUUUUAGGAAGGCAAUCGUUUAGUAAUCGAUCGCCCUUUUGGUGCACUGAUGUGUUUCUUGUCGAAAGCCCGUGGAAGGGUGGGGUGAUGCUAUGACGGAUGAAGGCAAAGUGGAAGUGUGUCAAAGGAACUGCGGGUUAAAGGUAUGGUUGGGGCAAUGGCAGGGUGAUGGCGUGGUUGGUAAAUGAAAGACUUAACAGUGAUUAGAAUGGAAGAGGGAUAAUGGUAUGCUGGAGGAAUGGUAGGCUGAUGGGGUAGUAGAGGGAAGGCAGAGAAAUGGAUGAGGGAUGGCUUGGUGAUGGCGAAAGAAAGUAAUAGAAGUCAUCAUUUCAUGAUCACACACACGCACGCACGCAAGCACACACGCACACACGCACACAC